AGCUCCAAUCCCAGCCAGACCCGCUCGGCCCGCCCCUUCCCCGCCCGGAGCGCCGCGACGGAGGCAGCCCGGGACUGGCCGCCAGACGGACGCUCGGACCCACGGACCGCGGGGUGCCCGAUGGCCGCGCCACCGGGCGAGCCCUGCGCGGGGCUGGGGGUCUGGAACCAGUCGGAGCCCCAGCCUGUGGCCGCCUACCUACUAAACUUGUGCUUCCUGCGAACAGCAGGGGUCUGGGCACCCCCCAUAUACCUGUGGGUCCUCGGCCCCAUCUACCUCUUCUACAUCCACCGCCAUGGCAGGGGCUACCUCCGGAUGUCUCCUCUCUUCAAAACCAAAAUGGUGUUUGCCUUUGCCCUCGUGGUGCUGUGCACCCUCAGCGUGGCUGUCGCUCUUUGGAAAAUCCAGCACGGCGUGCCUGAGGCCCCAGAGUUGCUCAUGCACCCGACGGUGUGGCUCACCACCAUGAGCUUUGCCGUGUUCCUGAUGCACACGGAGAGGAAGAAGGGGGUGCAGGCAUCUGGGGUGCUCUUUGGCUACUGGCUGCUCUGCCUUUUCCUGCCGGCUCUCAGCACUGCCCAGCAGGCCUCAAGAGGGGGCUUCCAGAAUGAUCCCAUCCGCCACCUGGCCACCUACCUGUGCUUGUCUCUGGUUGUGGCACAGUUUGUGCUGUCCUGCCUGGUGGAUCGGCCUCCUUUCUUCCCCAAAGAGCCCCAGCAGCCUAAUCCGUGUCCAGAGUCCAGGGCCUCCUUCCCCUCCAAGGUCAUGUUCUGGUGGGUUUCUGGGCUGGUCUGGAGGGGCUACCGGAAGCUGCUGAGCCCAGAAGACCUGUGGUCGCUUGGAAAAGAAAACUCCUCGGAAGAACUGGUCUCCCGGCUGGAGAGGGAAUGGACGAGGCACCGCAGCGUGGCCCAGCGGCACACCAAGGCUCUCGGCGGGAAAGGGGGCGGCAGCGCGGAGGUCCCGGAGACAGAGGCCUUGCUGCAGCCGGCAGGGCUCCCGCGGGGCCCGCUGCUCAGAGCCGUCUGGCAGGUGUUCCACUCCACCUUCCUCCUGGGCACCCUCAGCCUUGUCAUCAGUGACGUCUUCAGGUUUGCUGUCCCCAAGCUCCUCAGCCUGUUUCUGGAGUUUGUCGGUGAGCCCGAGCUCCCGGCUUGGAAGGGCUACGUCCUCGCCGUGCUGAUGUUCCUCACCGCCUGCCUGCAGACGCUGUUCGAGCAGCACUCCAUGUUCCAGGUCAAGGUGCUGCAGAUGAGGCUACGGACGGCUCUCACGGGCCUGGUCUACAGAAAGGUCCUGGCACUGUCCAGUGGCUCCAGAAAGGCCACCGCAGUGGGUGACGUGGUCAAUCUGGUGUCCGUGGACGUGCAGCGGCUGACCGACAGCAUCCUCUACCUCAACGGGCUGUGGCUGCCGCUAGUCUGGAUCGUCAUCUGCUUUGUCUACCUCUGGCAGCUUCUGGGCCCCUCUGCGCUCAGCGCCAUUGCUGUCUUCCUGGGCCUCCUGCCUCUAAAUUUCCUCAUCACCAAGAAGAGGAACCACUAUCAGGAGCAGCAGAUGAGGCACAAGGACUCGCGGGCGCGGCUCACGGGCGCCAUGCUCAGGAACGCCAGGACCAUCAAGUUCCUGGGCUGGGAGGAGGCCUCCAUGCAGCGCGUCCUGCACGUCCGGGGCCAGGAGCUGGGCGCCCUCAGGACCUCCGGCCUCCUCUUCUCCGUGUCCCUGGUGUCCUUCCAAGCGUCCACAUUUCUGGUGGCUCUGGUCGUGUUCGCCGUCCACACCCUGGUGGCCGAGGACAGCGCCAUGGACGCAGAGAAAGCCUUCGUGACCCUCACCGUUCUCAGCAUCCUCAACAAGGCUCAGGCCUUCCUGCCGUUCUCCGCCCACUCGGUCAUGCAGGCCCGGGUGUCCCUUGACCGUCUGGCUGCCUUCCUGUGUCUGCGCGAAGUGGACCCUGGUGCGGUGGCCCUGAGCCCCUCCCGGUGCUCUCCUGGGAAGGAAUGCAUCACUGUGCAGAGCGGCACCUUCUCGUGGACCCAGGAAGGGCCUCCCUGCCUCCACAGGGUGAACCUCACCGUGCCACAGGGCUGUCUGCUGGCUGUCGUGGGCCCAGUUGGGGCAGGGAAGUCCUCCCUGCUCUCCGCCCUGCUUGGGGAGCUGUGGAAGGUGGAGGGCUCCGUGAGCAUCAGGGGUCCCGUGGCGUACGUGCCGCAGGAGGCCUGGGUCCAGAACUGCUCCGUGCUGGAGAACGUGUGUUUCCAGCAGGAGCCAGACCUGCCAUGGCUGGCAGAGGUCCUGCAAGCCUGUGCGCUGGGGCCGGACGUGGACAGUUUCCCCGCGGGGGUGCACAGCCCAGUUGGAGAGCAGGGUAUGAAUCUCUCUGGGGGUCAGAAGCAGCGGCUGAGCCUGGCCCGGGCUGUGUAUAGAAAGGCUGCCGUGUACCUGCUGGACGACCCCCUGGCGGCACUGGACGCCCACGUGGGCCGGCACGUCUUCAACCAGGUCAUCGGGCCCGCCGGGCUGCUGCGGGGAACGACGCGGAUUCUCGUGACCCACGCGCUCCACGUGCUGCCCCAGGCUGAUUGCAUCGUGGUAUUGGAAGACGGGGCCAUUGCGGAGAUGGGUUCCUACCAGGAGCUGCUGCGCAGGAAGGGUGCCCUGGUGGGCCUCCUGGAGGGAGCCAGCCCGCCGGGGGAGAGAGGAGGAGGAGAGACAGAACGUGUGACCAGUGCCAAGGACCCCGGGAGCUCCCCUGCAGGCGACAGGUCUGAGCCCAGGCCAGAGAGGCCCGUCAGGCCAGCCCUGGAGAAGGUCAGGAGCGUAUCUGCAGCCCACACAGGGGCCCUGCUCGAUGACCCCGAGGGGGCAGGACGGCCGCCAGGAGAGGACAGCGUGCGGUUUGGCAGGGUGAAAGCCGCCAUGUACCUGACCUACCUGCGGGCCAUGAGCAGCCCGUUCUGCCUCUACAUCCUCUUUCUCUUCCUGUGCCAGCAAGCAGCCUCCUUCUGCCGGGGCUACUGGCUGAGCCUGUGGGCAGACGACCCCGCCGUGGAUGGGAGGCAGGUGCAGGCGGCCUUGCGCGGCUGCAUCUUUGGGCUCCUUGGCUGCCUCCAAGCUGUCGGGCUGUUUGCCUCCAUGGCCACGGUGCUGCUGGGUGGGGUCCGGGCGUCCAGGCUGCUCUUCCAGAGGCUCCUGUGGGACGUGGCGCGAUCUCCCAUCGGUUUCUUUGAGUGGACACCUGUGGGGAAUCUGCUGAACCGCUUCUCCAAGGAGACGGACACGGUGGACGUGGACAUCCCAGACAAGCUCCGGUCCCUGCUGACCUACGCCUUCGGACUCCUGGAGGUCAUCCUGGUGGUGACAAUGGCCACGCCGCUGGCCGUGGUGGCCAUCCUGCCGCUGGCGCUCCUCUACGCUGGGUUUCAGAGCCUGUACGUGGCCAGCAUGUGCCAGCUGAAACGCCUGGAGUCGGCCAGCUUCUCGUCUGUGUGCUCCCACAUGGCUGAGACCUUCCAGGGCGGCGCCGUGGUCCGGGCGUUCCAAGCUCAGGGCCCCUUUGUGGAUGAGAGCGAUGCACGUGUGGACGAGAGCCAGAGGGCCAGCUUCCCACGGCUGGUGGCGGACAGGUGGCUGGCCACCAACCUGGAGCUCCUGGGGAAUGGCCUGGUGUUUGCGGCUGCCUUGUGUGCCGUGCUGAGCAAGGACCACCUCAGCGCUGGCCUCGUGGGCUUCUCUGUCUCUGCCGCCCUCCAGGUGACACAGACGCUGCAGUGGGCUGUUCGCAGCUGGACAGACCUGGAGAGCAGCAUUGUGUCGGUGGAGCGGGUGACGGACUACGCCCGGACCCCCAAGGAGGCCCCCUGGAGGCUGCCCACCUGUGCUGCCAGGCCCCCCUGGCCCCGUGGAGGGCAGAUCGAGUUUCGGGGCUUCGGGCUUCGGCACCGGCCUGAGCUCCCGCUGGCUGUGCACGGCGUGUCCUUCGAGAUCCACGCGGGAGAGAAGGUGGGCAUCGUGGGCAGGACAGGGGCUGGGAAGUCCUCCCUGGCCGGGGCCCUGCUGCGGCUCCAGGAGGCGGCGGAGGGCGGGAUCUGGAUCGACGGGGUCCCCAUCGCCCACGUCGGCCUGCACAAGCUGCGGUCCAGGAUCACCAUCAUCCCCCAGGACCCCACCCUGUUCCCCGGCUCCCUUCGGAUGAACCUUGACCUGCUGCAGGAACACACGGACGAAGCCAUCUGGGCGGCCCUGGCCACGGUGCAGCUCAGCGCGCUGGUGGCCAGCCUGCCUGGCCAGCUGCACUACGAGUGUGCCGACCAGGGUGAUGACCUGAGCCUGGGCCAGAAGCAGCUCCUGUGUCUGGCACGUGCGCUUCUCCGGAAAACCCAGAUCCUCAUCCUGGAUGAGGCCACGGCUGCCGUGGACCCCGGCACCGAGCUGCAGAUGCAGGAAGCCCUGGGGAGCUGGUUUGCCCAGUGCACGGUGCUGCUCAUCGCCCACCGCCUGCGGUCCGUGAUGGACUGCGCCAGGGUGCUGGUCCUGGACCAGGGACAGGUGGCAGAGAGCGGCAGCCCAGCCCAGCUGCUGGCCCAGAAGGGCCUGUUUUACAGGCUGGCCCAGGAGUCGGGCCUGGUGUGAGUGGAGCCCUGCACCUGCCCCCCACCUCCAGACUGCAGAGCCUGCAGCAUCCCCUGGCGUUGCUGUCCCCGUGAUGUCCAGUCUCGUCCCCUCCCUGAGAGGAAGGAGGCAGUGUGGCUGGUGACCAGAGCGUCCGAUCCUGAGGACCCAGCCCUGUCCACAGGACGACGCGGGCCAGGCUGCCUGGACUCAUCUGGGGGCUCAGCACUGAGCCCAGGCCCCAUCCUGGCGAAUGAACCCAGAAUCGCCAUGACGCUGGCGUAGAGAUGACCCACCCAUCUCGCGCACAUUCAUCGUGUCUGGUGGUGCGUUUAGUAUUAUGCUGUCCUGGGUCCCUCCUGCCGCCAUUUCCUGGCCAUAGCCAACCCCUCUCCGGCCCCAACCACUGCUCCAUCCUGCUGCUGUGUUUUCAUGGCUGCCCCCUGUGAUGCCAGUGUGCAGUCACAGCCAGGAACCACUGCCCCUCUGCCCCCAUCGGGGUGCUCCUGAGCUGGACACACAGCCAGGUACCCCACUGCCCCCCAAAAAGGGCUUUCCAGGCCCCAGCAAUUUCAGUUCCCAGAGGAAAGGCAAGGAGCCAGGACUCCUGGGUCCUGUCGGGAGAAUGUGCCUGGGACCUGGCACACUUGAUACACACGGUUGCAAAGGACCCAACUCCAGCUUGCCCGGGGAGCCCUGGCUGCGCCGGGAGCACCCGGUGCUUCUGCACCAGACACCGCUGACCAUCCAAGUCCACCAGGUGAAGGCCAAGCACUGGACUGAACCAAGGACAACAAGGCCCAGCUCAGGCCUGGUUCUGACAGUGGCCAGAAUUCCAAGACUGGACUCAAAACCAGCUUCAGGGAGCCAGCAUUGUAGCAUAGCAGGUUAAGCCACCACCUGCAAUGCCAGCUUCCCACAAGAGCACCAGUUCGAGUCCUGGCUGUUCCACUUCUGAUCCAGCUCUGUUAAUGCGUCUGGGAAAGCAGCCAAAGAUGGGCCAAGUCCUUGGGCCCCUGCCACUCAUGUGGGAGAUGUGGUUGUUGGCAGCCACUUGGGAAGUGGACCAGCGGACGGAAGAUCUGUCUGGCCCCCUCUCUCUAACUCUGCCUUUCAAAUAAAUAAACGUUUAAAAACAAA